AUGUCUACGAAGAAGUUGUUUUCCACGGCCGACCAGCUUUGGGAGACAUUCGAUAAUGUUGACCAGGAGCUGGGACCAGGCACCAUGAACGCUGGUGGCAAUGUUGUCCUUCAUCCCACAGGUCAUUGGUAUGACGACGAUGCUGUCGAGGUCUAUGGCAAGAAAGCAUGUGCCCUUGAGGCGCUCCAGAUAAUCCGUCAAAAGAAUUGGUUGGAACAAGGCCUACGUAAGGAGGGUGUUCGCGAGUACUGGUCGCUCGAACGUCUCAUUGCUGCUGCUAUGGAGUACUCAGCCAGUGACUACGCACACUUGAUGACAGUCUUCUUCGUUGAAUGGGAGAAAGACCUCAAGCCUGACGGUCGCACAAUCAAGAACAAGGAGCAGUGGACUCGCUGGUGCGAGAUUCACCUCGUGCGCCACCACAGAACUGCAAAGGCAGUGCGUUGUCUCGACGUCUUUGAGGCUUUGGGUCUUCUCUAUCCAGGCUGGUGGAAGCAAGUUUACGCUCACAACCACAACACCGCCAUCCCCAAAGCCACCUACGCUUCGCCUUGGGACGAUCAUCCAUCUGCCAACAUCGCCGAGAUGCACCAACUAGACCAGAAGUACGCCAGAGUGCCUUUCGCUUCGCCAGCUCAAGUCCAAGCCGCAUCGCAAGCCGCUUCAGCAGCCAUUCAGUCUGCUCCCGUCAUGCGCCACCAGAAGUCUCGCAAAGAUGGCAGAUCUCGCAAGAGAAACAAGCGCACCCAGACUACUCAUUUUCAGAAGGAUCUUGAAGAGCUCGACGACGCAUACGACGAGACUGCAUUGAACGACGCAUACGAAGAGACUGCCCCUGUCAAAGACUCCGACAACGAGUCUGAGGAGUCUUUCGUCCCUGAAGAUUACUACCCUGACUACGUCCACGAAUACGACGCCGUCAUGGGCAAGCCUGCUACCACCUACCCGCAGCUACCUCACACUGUUGGCUUUGCACCCGCCGCCGACGCCUGGCGCGACCUUGAUCGCGAAGGUUUCGAAGGCGCAACUCGCAAUAAUCCUGAGGUCAAUGCCACUAAGAUCAUUGACUCGGUCAGCAAGGAGGCCGUCCCGUCUGCCAGCGGCACCCUUCCUCGCAUCCAGCCUGCACCCGCCAAACCUCCUGCCACUGUCGCCCUCACCGAUCUUAACUGGGCCGACAUUGAUGAGCGUGACUUCAGACACAUCGUCGAGCAGGUCGACGCAGACUUCCCCCCUUCUCAGAACCAGACCCAGAACGACAACACUCUCCGCGACUACCUCCCUGACACCCGCAACGACCUCGACAACCCAGACUACCUCCGUCCCGAGCGCGUCGCCAUGCGCAACAACAUCUACAACGCUGUUGCCGGCUACAAGAACAUCCCUGCCGCUGAACUCGCCCGCCGCCAGGCUGAACGCCAGGCUGAGCUUGCUCGUCACCAAGACGACUUGGCUCAUCGCAAGGCUGCACUUCACAGUGGCACUUUGCCUCCAGAGGAUGAGGAGGUGAUCUGGGGCUACGUCGAUGAGUUUGAGGACCCCCCUGGCAAGGUGUGGCCUCCUGAAUACACCAACAACAACCCUCUCUGGCCCCUUAAGAACUGA